GCGUCGUCAGGCUUAUCUAUCCGCUAGCACUGAGAACUACAUUUCCCAGGGGGCCUUGAGGCGUGGUAGAGUCACUUCCGGCCAGGAAGAUGGCGGCGUCCUAGGGAUUCGUCGGCUGAGUUGGAGGGAGGCUCAGGCUUCGUUUCAGGUAACAGAAAACCCAACUCAAUCUGGCUUAAGCAAGAAAGGCAAGUUGCUGGCUUAUAGAACUGUUGAGGAGACUGAGGCCCUGAAAGAGGUGACUCUUAAGGGGGAGGAUCCUGGCGUCCUCCAUCCCUGCUGUAUCCAGCCACACGGGAACUAUGGAAGUUGCAGAGCCCAGCAGCCCCACCGAGGAGGAAGAGGAGGAAGAAGAGCAGUCAGCCGAGCCUCGGCCCCGCACGCGCUCCAACCCAGAGGGGGCUGAGGAUCGGGCGCUGGGGAUCCAGGCCAGCGUGGGCAGCCGUAGCGAGGGUGAGGGUGAGGCAGCCAGUGCUGACGAUGGGACUCCCAACCCGCCUGGUGCCGGCCCCAAGCCCUGGCAGGUGCCCCCGCCAGCCCCUGAGGUCCAGGUUCGAACACCGAGGGUCAACUGUCCAGAGAAGGUGAUCAUCUGCCUAGACCUGUCAGAGGAAAUGUCACUGCCAAAGCUGGAGUCAUUCAAUGGCUCUAAAACCAAUGCCCUCAACGUCUCCCAGAAGAUGAUUGAGAUGUUCGUUCGGACCAAACACAAGAUUGACAAGAGCCACGAGUUUGCCCUAGUGGUGGUGAACGAUGACACGGCCUGGCUGUCAGGCCUGACCUCCGACCCCCGCGAACUGUGCAGCUGCCUCUACGACCUGGAGACCGCCUCCUGCUCCACUUUCAAUCUUGAAGGCCUCUUCAGCCUCAUCCAGCAGAAGACCGAACUGCCAGUCACAGAGAAUGUGCAGACGAUCCCGCCCCCAUAUGUGGUCCGCACCAUCCUCGUCUACAGCCGUCCACCCUGCCAGCCCCAGUUCUCCCUGACGGAGCCCAUGAAGAAAAUGUUCCAGUGCCCGUAUUUCUUCUUUGACGUUGUUUACAUCCACAAUGGUGCCGACGAGAAGGAGGAGGAAAUGAGCUGGAAGGACAUGUUUGCUUUCAUGGGCAGCCUGGACACCAAGGGCACAAGCUACAAGUAUGAGGUGGCGCUGGCUGGGCCGGCUCUUGAGCUGCACAACUGCAUGGCCAAGCUGUUGGCUCAUCCACUGCAGCGCCCCUGCCAGAGCCAUGCUUCCUACAGCCUGCUAGAGGAGGAGGACGAGGCCACUGAGGUGGAGGCCACUGUCUGAGCCAGCCCUGAGCACCUCAGCUUUCCUGUACAGUGACAGCCUUGACCUGGAGUGGUAGUUCUUAAACUGGCCUCUGGAAACCUGAGGGGGUUCCAGGAGGCAUCCCAGAGGCUGUGGGCACCCAUCCUCCAUGUUCCCCAGCUGAUCCCCCACCCCUGGUUGAUGUCAGUUGUAGCUUUUGAUCUUCCCCAUGGGAUUUUGUCAUCAAAAUAAAAA